AUGGCGUCACGCCGCCUACUUUCCACCUCGCUAUGGCGGGCCUCCCAGGCUCCCCAAGCGAUACCGCUCUCAGCCGCCGCUCGAUGGAGUUCGUCCAGCAGCUCGACCUCUGCCAUCGCCUACAAAGCUCUUCGACGCCGUGCCGCUCCUCUCCCCGUCAGCGACAGCCCGCCGGCUUGGUCGGCCCAGGCCGCCGUCUCUAACAUCCUCUACGAGACGCCCUCCCCGUCGAUGCAGCCCCCGAAGCGCCACAUCCUUAACUGCUUGGUCCAGAACGAGCCCGGUGUGCUGUCCCGCGUCUCCGGUAUCCUGGCUGCUCGCGGCUUCAACAUCGACUCGCUCGUUGUCUGCAGCACCGAGGUCGAGGAUCUUUCGCGCAUGACCAUCGUCCUCACUGGCCAAGAUGGCGUUGUCGAGCAGGCCAGACGUCAAUUGGAGGACCUUGUCCCUGUCUGGGCCGUUUUGGACUACACCAGCGCCGCCCUGGUGCAGCGUGAGCUUCUCCUGGCCAAGAUCAACAUUCUGGGUCCCGAGUACUUCGAGGAGCUGUUGGCUCACCACCGUGAGAUCACGGCCGUCGAUGCUGAGCACCACGAAGGCAACGAGCAGCAGUCACUGGAAGACAUCGCCAAGGACUUCCACCCUAGCAAGCUCGCUGCCAGUCAGGCUCUUCGUCACAAGCACGAGCACUUGAAGUCUAUCACCUACUUCGCCCAUCAAUUCGGCGGAAAGGUUUUGGACAUCAGCACCAACAGCUGUAUUGUGGAGAUUUCCGCCAAGCCCACCAGGAUUGACUCCUUCUUGAAGCUCAUUGGACCCUUCGGUAUCCUCGAGUCGGCUCGCACUGGUCUCAUGGCCCUGCCCCGUUCGCCUUUGUACGGACCGAACGAGGAGUCGAUUAUCAAGGAGGCGGACGAGGUUGUUGAUGCUAGCCAGCUUCCUCCUGGUUAA